AUGGCGCAAAACAGGCACUGGGAGCAAGAUAAAGAUGCCACCAUCUACAUGGGCAACAUUGACGAGCGCGCCACGCCCGCCAUGAUGUACGAGCUCAUGCUGCAGAUGGGCCCCAUCCACAACAUCCACAUGCCGCGCGACCGCGUCACGCAAUCCCACCAAGGGUUCGGCUUCGUCGAGUUCCGCACGCCGUCCGACGCCGAGUAUGCCGCAAACGUCAUGAACGGCGUCAAGCUCUACGGCAAGUCGCUCCGCGUCAACAAGGCCUCGGCCGACCGCCAGCGCGCCACCGACAUUGGCGCCGAGCUCUUUGUCGGCAACCUCGACCCCAUGGCGGACGAGAAGAUCCUCUACGACACGUUCUCGCGCUUCGGCCCGCUGCUCUCCCUGCCCAAGGUUGCGCGCGACGACAACGGCGGCUCCAAGGGCUUCGGCUUCAUCAGCUUUGGCGACUUUGAGAGCUCCGACGCCGCGAUUGAGAACCUCAACAACCAGUACCUGCUCAGCAGCCAGGUCACGGUGCAGUACGCGUUCAAAAAGGACGGCAAGGGCGAGAGGCACGGUGACGACGCCGAGAGGGAGCUUGCCGCGCAGGCCAAGAAGCGCAACAUUGCCCCCGAGGCCCAGCCCAUGCCCGCGGCGUUCCUCAAUGGCCCGCCCGCGGGAGCGGCAGGAGCGCCGCCUGUCGGUGGGCAUUCGUAUCCCCCGCCCGCAGCGUCCACGACGCCGCAACCACCGGCCGGGUUCGCGCCGCCGCCUGGCAUGCCGCCGGGGAUGCACAUGGGCGGCCCCCCACCGCCUCACAUGGGCGCUCCUCCGGGCUUCGCGCCGCCAGGCUUGCCGCAGCACCCGCGCGGCCCAUCACCGUAUAAUGCGACCCCCGGCCAAGGACCACCUCCUGGUGCUGCCGGCCGCGGCGGCAGCGGCAGCAUGCCUCCUCCUGGAAGCAUGCCCCUACCCCCAGCGCCGUCCGGCUUGCCGGCACGUCCGCCCCAGAGCCAGGCCGGCUACACCAACCCGGCCGACUACCACCCCAACGGCGGCAGCUAUCGCGGCAGUGGCUCACCCGCGCCGCCGCCACCUGGGUUUCCCGGCGCGCAGCAGCAGCAGCAGCAGCCGCCCCCCGGGUUUGGUGCGCCAGGUGGCGCGCCUACUCCUCCUCCAGGGUUCAUGCCGCCGCCGGGCUUCCCGCAGCAGCAGCCUCCUCCGGGGUACCCCCGUCGAUAG